GGCAGGUAUAAGGUUACCUCCCCAGGCCCAGGGAACCAAGAAGGAAAAGAGAAGGGCCACCAUGUCCUCUUGGAAUGGAGCACAAAACCAGAGAACCCUGUUCCUGCUGCUGCUGCUAUUUGUGGCUUCGUUCCAUGCGGCCACCCCAAGCCUCAAAGGCUGCCUGGUGUCCCAGUCAGACAAUGGCAGUUCCAUCUCCUGCCACCCGCCUGCCAGAGUGCCCCAAUACCUCCCAGCUGACACCAUCUUCCUGGCCGUGGAGUUCUUCAACCUGACCCAGCUGCCAGCAGACACACUCCAGGGCGCCCCUCAUCUCCAGGAAUUGCACCUCUCCAGCAACCGGCUGGACAACCUCUCAGCUGAGUUCCUGCUGCCGGUGCCACAACUGAAGGUGCUUGAUCUCACCCGCAACGCCCUCACCAGGCUGCCCCCGGGCCUCUUCCAGGCCUCGGCAGCCCUUGACACCCUGGUGUUGAAGGAAAAUCACCUGGAAGUCCUGGAGGUCUUGUGGCUGCAAGGCCUGAAAGCACUCAGUUUUCUGGACCUGUCUGGGAACCGCCUCCGGACACUGCCCCCUGGACUGCUGGCCAACUUCACCGUCCUGCGCACCCUUGACCUUGGAGAAAACCAGCUGAAGACCCUGCCGCCUGACCUUCUGAGGGGCCCGCUGCAUUUGGAACGGCUGCAUCUAGAGGGCAACAGGUUGCGGGAGCUUGCAGAGGGCCUACUGGCACCCCAGCCGGGCCUGCGCUAUCUUUUCCUCAACAACAACAAGCUGGCUGUGGUGGCAGCUGGCGCCUUUCAAGGCCUGCAGCAGCUGGACAUGCUGGACCUCUCCAAUAACUUCCUGACCAGUGUGCCCGAGGGGCUCUGGGCAUCCCUAGGGCAGCCAACCCGGGACAUGAAGGACGGCUUUGACAUCUCCGGUAACCCCUGGACCUGUGAUCAGAAUCUGCACGACCUCUAUCGCUGGCUUGUGGCCAACGAAGACAAGAUGUUCUCUGGGAAUGACACAUGCUGUGCUAGUCCUAAAGCCCUGAAGGGCCAGAUGCUCCUGGCAGUGGCCAGGUCCCUGUGAGGCCUGGGGCUGGGGUGGGGGUGGGGGGUGGAGCCUGGAAGAACACUGCACCCCACUUAGCAAAUAAUCUCACUGUUGCUGGGACCCAUUUUGGCCAGGUUCCCCAAAAUGCACUGUGGGCUUUCCAGCCUCCUAACCUUGGUCCCAGCUGUUCCCACUUCCUGGAAUGCCUUUUCCCCAUUCCCAAGAUGUCUCCGUCUCUGGGCUCCCCUACAUUCCCAGGUCCCUCCUUCUGGCCAAGCCCUGGCUACAAUGGGGUUGUCUUUAUCUGGUUUCAUCUUCCCCAGUUUGAGGGGCUCUGAGUGCAGGGCCUGAGACCGAGUCCCUUCUUAUGCAACAUGGCUCAGCUUGGGGGCAGACCUGAAGUGUUAAAUAAAUAACUGUUACAACAGGAA